GUGUAUAUAUUGCAGUGUGUGUUGCCUAGAGCAUUGUGUUCCUCCUGAAAGCGACACUACAAGGGUCACAGCAAUGUCUCCCAAGAAGGCAAAGAAGAAAAUAGAGGGAGCAAACUCCAAUGUGUUCUCUAUGUUUGAUCAGUCACAGAUUCAGGAAUUCAAGGAGGCUUUCACAAUAAUGGAUCAGAACAGGGAUGGAUUCAUUGAUAAGGCGGACCUUAGGGACACAUUUGCCGCUCUGGGCCGCCUCAGUGUAAAAAAUGAAGAACUGGAUGAAAUGAUUAAAGAGUCUGCAGGACCAAUUAACUUUACAGUUUUUCUUACCAUGUUUGGUGAAAAGCUUAAGGGUACAGAUCCAGAAGAGUCAAUCUUAAAUGCAUUCAAAAUCUUUGAUCCUGAAGGCAAGGGUGUUUUAAGAAAGGAUUAUAUAGAGGAAAUGUUGAUGACCCAGGCUGAAAGAUUUACCAAGGAAGAGGUUGAUCAGAUGUUCUCAGCUUUCCCUCCAGAUGUGUCUGGAAACCUGGACUAUAAGAACCUGGUACAUAUCAUCACCCAUGGAGAAGAGAAAGACCAAGAGUAAACAAUUUUCUUUGCUACCUUCAUGUUCAUCUGCACCUUCGUUUCCUUCCCUCUUUAAAUAAGUGGAAACAUAGUUAUUCUUCAUGUCAUUUCUAUGUUUUUUCUAAUCCACAAAAAGAACAUUUUAUUUUUUUCUUUCAUAAUUCAUAGUAUACAAGGAAUUGAGUUCUAUUUUUAAACUUAAGUAAUAAGGCUUUGAGUUGGAGGUCUUUUGGUGCAGUGGUAACAUCCCUACCUCUGGGCCAGAAGCUCCAGGUUUGAGCCCCACUUCAGGACUUGAUGGCCACAGAAGGUGCUUUCAUAACAUGGCCAGACAAGUUGAUUAUCGGCCUGUAAAUCCCUCUGAUAUGUCUGAUAGCAGGCGGUAAGAAUGGGAGAGUUUCCUGGUCAGCUAUGCUGCAAACCACUUCAGUACCUUGCCAAGCAUAAUCAUGGGCCAAUCUAAUGGAAGUCCAUGGUCACCUAUGCCCUCCUAGGGCAUCGUACCUGAAGGAGGAGGAAUAAGGCUGGUAAAAAGUGAAAAUAUUAAUUAAAGAAAAUGACCGUAGUUCAUCAGAUCAAGUGUACAGAAAUAAAGUGUCCAUAUUAACUGAGGUGGAAUUGAAGUAAAAAUAUUAAUUAUUCAUCCUCUUUAUAUCAAGUCAUCAAGUGAACAAAAUCUUCGCUAAAGUAUUUUGCCAUUAUUUGGAAUUUAGUAACUAACAUCUCCAGCAUCAAGUUUUACAGAAACUUUGAGAGACGAAACUGUUUAAUUCUAAAAAGUCAUCCCAUACCUUCAGAUUGAAGAGUAUUCAAUGAUCCUUUGUUACUUCAAUGUAUGUAGCUUGUGUGUGUUGCCUGUAUGUUUCUGUAAUCAGACACUGGAGCAAACAACCGCAUUGAAACUGAAUAUUAUGAACACUACAACCAUGUAGUAAGAAUGCAAUAGGAAAUAAAAUAUUGCAAAUAUGA